AUGGAUAAUCCCACAACAACACCGCUUCCAGCAGUGAAGGCUCACAUCUCGCUUUCAAAAUCGUUAAACCAGAUGAAGCACGUAAUUGAAAGAACAAAGAAAACCUCCACCAAGCAGCCGAACAGUCAAAAUGGUAUCAAUGCUUUCAAAGAAAGUAUAAUGCUAAUUAAAUCAGACAUCCAAAAUACCGAGCGACAAUUGGCAGUGGAAAUGGAUAAGAGUCAAAAACUGCAAGAACUUCUUCAUCAAGACGAGGAACUUCUAAAACAGUUAGACGAGGACAGAAGCGCGUACGUGAACAGAAAAAUAGUAGGAACCGGCAACUGGACGAAGUGA